GUUUUGAAUUCAAUACAUGGUCAAGGAUAAGUGAUUAACAAUUCAUACUUUGCAUCUCCUUGAACACUACUAUAUAACUAACUAUCUACUACACCCACAAACCACUCACCGCAAAUCUCAUUGUCUGAUCAAAAAGUGAAAGAAAGCUAAUUAAACUACGAUGACGACCAAAAGCGUUGUGGGUUCGAUUCUGUUCUUCAUGUUGAUCGGUUCCGUUUUUGUUGAGACUCGUCCGCUUGGUCUAACAAUGACUGACGAGAAAAAGCUCGUGGCUGGUUUCUUCGAUGGCUUAUCACUUGGUUCGAUCAAAGGCUCAGGUCCGAGUCCAGGAGGCAAGGGUCAUAAUUUCAUAAACCGGAGCGACACUUCUCGAUUUGAUAAGCACUCCGGUCCAAGCCCAAGCGGACCCGGCCACUAAUCUCAAACAGGGCCAAUUGUAAAUGGACAUCCCCGUGUCUAGGUCCAAAAAAUUAUUUCAUUAUUUUGUUAACAAAACUUUAUGUUACACAGGAAGAAGAGUGGGGAAAAAAUCAAGAAUUAAACGUCUCCUUCCCUUUUCCUAUCAAUAGGAUAAUUGUUUCUUAGUUAUUCGAUUCAUUUCGUUCAAAAAACAGAAGUUAUUUGAUCCAUAAUUGUACAAUGUGAUAGUUACUUCUGUUUUGGUUAAAUAUGAUUUGUAUGUAAUAAUAAAACAUUAAUGUACACACAAAGUGAAUGUGAUUAUUCUCUCCAAAUUGUAACGCAAACAUACUUCAAAUCCAAAGUAAUCCAAAGAACGAUUUU